AUGAAUAAAACCAUUCUUAUUAGCAUCAGCAUGAAAAAGAAUAUCAGAAUUGUAAAACCACUAGGAGAUCAAAUAAAACGUAUACAUACAGAUGGCUUUAUUGUAGCUGAAAAAAUAAAACUUAAAACAGGAAUAAAAAUUUUGUAUAGUAAAAAAUUGUAUAUCAGUUACAUGAAAACCGUUAUAUCCAAAAAUUCCAAAUUUGAUUACAAAUAA